ACCGAGCGCCCGCCGAGCUCCGGGCGGCCCCGGGGCCCCGCCCGACAGGAGAUGAUAGAGAGCGAUAUCCCGUCCAUAAUGUCAGGAAUCAUUAGGAAUUCAGGGCAAAACCACCACCCCUCGCAGGAGUACAGGCUCCUGGCCUCAGACCCAUCCCAGCUGAGUGAGGAUGAGCUGCCAGGGGAUUUGCAGUCCCUGUCCUGGCUGACAUCCGUGGAUGUGCCUCGGCUCCAGCAGAUGGCCAGUGGGAGAAUGGAUUUCAGCCUGGGGGCCCAGAGUGCCAUGCUCCAGCAGACAGGUGCUGUGGGGAACGCGAUGCACUCAACGCCCGGAGCGAUGAUCCACGUCCAAGCCAGCCUCCCCCAGGGAAUCCUGGGCCUCAAUUCCAUUUCCACACAUGGAGCCAAUAUGAGCCCCUACGCCGUGGGUGGGCAGCUGUCCCCUGGUUUGCAAACACAGCAACAGCUCUUCCCUCCUCCUCAUCCUCCUCCUCCUCAUCCUCAUCCUCCUCCUCCUCACUCCCAGCAGGUGUUUGCCCUGGCCCAGAACCCCCAGCAGGUACUGUGUAACCCAGCAGCAAUCUACAACACAUCCUAUGGGACACAGCCACACUAUUCCCAGCCACGCCUGGCUCCCCACUCUGCCCAGGAACUGCACCCAAAGCAUUAUCCCAAGCCCAUCUACUCCUACAGCUGUUUGAUCGCCAUGGCCCUGAAGAACAGCAAGACUGGGAGCCUGCCCGUGAGCGAGAUCUACAGCUUCAUGAAGGAGCACUUCCCCUACUUCAAGACUGCCCCUGAUGGGUGGAAGAAUUCCGUGCGCCACAACCUGUCCCUGAACAAGUGCUUUGAGAAGGUGGAGAACAAACUGAGCGGGACCUCCCGCAAGGGCUGCCUGUGGGCCCUCAACCCCGCCAAGAUCGACAAGAUGGAGGAGGAGAUGCAGAAGUGGAAGAGGAAGGAUUUGGCUGCUAUUCACAGGAGCAUGGCUAACCCAGAGGAGCUGGACAAGCUGAUCACCGACAGACCCGAGAGCUGCAGGCGGCCCAGCAAGCAGGCAGAGCCCGAGGGGCCCCCCCUGGGCCGGAUCUCCGUGUCCCAGCUCCAGCCCCAGCCCAUCAUGACGCUGUCCCUGCAGCCCCUCCCGCUGCACCACCAGCUCCAGACCCAGGCUCGCCUCGCCCCCAACUCGCCAGCACCUGCACAAACCCCUCCUCUGCACACCCUGCCUGACAUGAGCCACAGCCCCCUGCCCCAGCACCCCAUGGGACGUGCCCCGGACUUCCCCAACGUGGCGGUGGACAUGAGCACGGAGGUGGAUGCUCUGGAUCCCAGCAUCAUGGAUUUCGCACUGCAAGGGAACAUUUGGGAGGAGAUGAAAGACGACAGCUUCAGCCUGGACACCCUGGGUGCCUUCAGCAACUCCCCCCUGCAUCUCUCCGACUGCGAGCUGGGCACACCCGGCCUCACGCCCGUGUCCAGCGGCAGCGACCGCUCCUUCUCCGACCUGCAGGUCACUGGCCUUUACACCACCUACACCACCCUGGACAAUGUGGCAGCUGCUCAGUACAUGAACCCCCAAGGCAACAAACCCAUCCCUCUGCUCUGAGCUUGGCACCGUUCCACGGAUCCCGAGGGACGGUUCUUCCCCGUGGUUAAAAUCCGACCGGGAAGCUCCAAGGGCUCGUCCUGCUUUGGGAUGUGUUGGCUGCUUCCAGCGUGUGAGGCCAAAAUAAAUCAAGCUGGGACUUGUAAAACCACUUUCCCCCAUGACAAGGGCAUGGACACUUGUGUUGUGGGACUGGGGAGCUCUCCAGAAGGACCUGGAAGGCAGCAGGAACUUUCACUGGAAUGUAACUGAGCUAAAAAUCACCUAGUUAAGGGAAUUAAAUUUAUUCCACACCGUGGUGGAGCUGCUGUGUCACCACUGUCACAGAAGCCACCACAAGCCAAGGGGCUGGCCAGCCCCAGGUUGGUUGAUUGUGCCCCUGGUGUGUCAUUUUUUCUUAAUUUGCCAAAUUGGACAAAGACCUCCCCCAGUUCCUGGAGACAUUUGCACCACUAACACUUUUCUGAUGUAACUGUUGUUAAUUUAUUGUUAGGAGGUAGGAAAACGGAGCAAAACCACUAAAAAAGGAAAACUCACCUCCCUAGCAGACCACUGUUAUAUCUAGAUUUGUAAAAGUCCUCACCCCUGAAGGAAGUGGUACUACUGAACUAUUAAACUGAUCACUGGCUAGAGGAUUUUAGGAGUUAUGUCGAUUUUUAGGAUUUUUUUAAAAAAUAGAUUUAUAGUCUUGUGUAUUGUGCUUCUGUCUAUUCUUGUGCUAGGCAGUAUUACUAUUUGUAAAUUUAUUUAUAUUUAUUGUUAUGAAAAGAAAUUAUGUGAACUGAGCACUGUUCAAUUUGUAUAAUGCUGCAGUAACCUGUUUUACAGCCACUAAAUUAUUCAUCAUCAGAACCACAACCACCUUAUCAGUUUUUACACUACAUUUCUUUAAUAAGCACUUUUGAUACUGUGAAACUCAUGCUUUUUAAAAAAUUCAGAGACCAAAUAUUGUCACUGUACAUUUCAUAAUAGUCUUUGCUAAUUAACUAAAAAACCUGAUUCUAAUGUAGCUUCUAAAAUUUUUUUCAAAUCCUGCUUUGUAUUUGUUAAGAUACAUUGAAAAUAAUGUGAUGAAACAUCUGAAUUAUGUUGGAAUUUAGCAUUUAGUCUACUUAUACCUCUGUGAGCAAAAAGUGAUAUUUAUAUCUUGGGUUUUGUCUGUUCCUGUGCAUUCAGAGAAUUUCCCGGUGCCGUAUCCAGGCGCUCCCAGGCUUUUCUCUCCCACACCUAUCCAUGGAUUAAAGCUGGAGGGUGCAGGAUGCUGGAGUGGCCCCAAAAGGCAUUUUCUUGCUUGAAAAUAUGAAGAUCAGGUGGCUUGGAAACAUCUGUGCCUGUAUCCUCCCAGUGCAUCCCUCCAUGGCAACCUCUUCCAAAGGGCACCAUGAUGCUCCACGUCAUAAUUUAUUGUCCAAGGACAAAUGUGAUGAAUGAUCCUUUGCUGUGACUGGUGUCACCUACAAUGCCUUUGCUUUUUUAAAUAAACAUUUCU